AGCAGCAGCAGAAACAGCAGCAGAAACAGCGGCUGCAGUUGCAGUGAUGAUCAUCAUGAGCAGCAGCAACAACAAUAACCGCCUGUGUGCUUCACACCUGCUCACAAUAAGCUGUUGAUUCCCUACUUGGACUUGGAUUUGGAUCCUGCACGCACACCCUCUCUUUUUUGUCUCCCCUCCUGUCCACGCUCUGCACAAGACGCACCGGAGCGUGGAACACACAGCAUCUGUCGCUCAGAUCCCGUGGGGGGGUGGAGGAGGAUGUUGUGAGGCGGUGUCGUUAUCGCUGCAUGGCACUGGAUUUGUUUGAGCGACUUCCAUGACGCGCCAGGACGCACCGAUGGAGGAUUCUGGACUCCUUUUGAAACCGCGGUUAUCUGCGGGACUGCAGCGGCCGGUGUGUGAUGCGAACUGAGCCGUGGGUGGCGUAGACCCCCCUCUCCUCUCCUUUCCUCUCCUCUCCUCUCUUCUCCUCUCCCCGCACCCCCCCACCCCCCAAAAUCGCCUUAUCAGCGAACUCUCUCCCUCCGAGCGGGACGCACAGCCUUGUUUCACUCCACCGAGUGAAGAUGUCCCGGGCCGCGGCCAUCGCCAGCUCCCUGAUCCGCCAGAAGCGGCAGGCGAGGGAGCGGGAGAAGGCGAACGCGUGCCGCGGCAGCGGCAGCCCGAGCAACAGCAAAGGCGCAAACGACAAGCCGAGCAAGCUGAACGUUUUCUCGCGCGUCAAAUUGUUUGGAUCGAGGAAGAAACGGAAGAGAAGGCGACCACCAGAGCCCCAGUUAAAGGGCAUUGUGACCAGGCUUUCCAGUCGCCAGGGCUUCCAGCUGCAGAUGCAGCCCGAUGGCACCAUCGAUGGAACCAAGGACGAGGACAGCACUUAUGCUGUGUUCAACCUGAUUCCAGUGGGGCUUCGUGUGGUGGCCAUCCAGGGGGUCCAGACCAAACUCUACCUGGCAAUGAACAACGAAGGCUUUCUCUACACCUCUGAACAUUUUACUCCCGAGUGUAAGUUCAAGGAGUCUGUGUUCGAGAACUACUACGUCACCUACUCCUCCAUGCUGUACCGGCAGCAGGCCUCGGGCCGGGCCUGGUACCUGGGGCUCAACAAGGAGGGCGGGAUCAUGAAGGGCAACCAUGUGAAGAAGAACAAGGCCGCUGCACACUUUAUACCCAAACCACUCAAAGUGGCCAUGUACAGAGAGCCCUCCCUCCAUGACCUGACAGAACUCUCGCGCUCAGGCAGCGGCACGCCGACCAAGAGUCGCAGCGCUUCAGCCCUGCUCAACGGCGGAGGGAAGUCACCCAGCAACAAUGACUUAUCCUAGCCCCCCACACACACACACACACACACACACACACACACACACACACACACAC